UUUCAAAGUGCAAGAAGCAGCCAAAAUAAUAUAACAAAACUUCUAUCAUCUUUCAUCACUCCUGACCCACAAAUUCUAAAUUCUAAUCUUGCAAUACCCUAUAAAUACCGCAUUUCAUUACUCCUUUUACUCAUCACACUCAAUUUCGGAAACACAAGCUUAAAAAAUCUCGGUUGAUUAAGCAAUUUCAUAUAUACUCGAGUGAAAAUGAAGGGAGUUAUGAUCUCGAUGUUGGCCGUGUUCGCCAUUUUGCAAUUUGUGAUGCCAGGAGAAGCUGUGGACUGUGGGCAAGUGAACUCAUCCUUGGCAACUUGUCUUCCAUUCCUGACAGGAAUCGAUGCUUCUCCUUCGACUGCAUGUUGUGCUGGGGUUGAGAAAUUGAAGUCACUUGCUACCACUACCGUCGAUAAGAGAGCUGCAUGCGAAUGUGUUAAGGCAGCUGCUGCUCGCUACCCAAACAUAAAAGGCGAUGCUGCCUCCUCGCUCCCUAAGAAAUGUGGCGUCGACUUGAACAUCCCCAUCUCCAAAACCACAAACUGUCAGGCCAUCAACUAAGAUGAAGGUGGACGAGCUGAGAAAUAAAGGAAGCUUUUGUGUUCUUGAGCUGUUGACAUUUUCUGAAUAAAAAUUUAUUGUCUACAACUUUGGAUUCUUGAUAUGAUGAAAUGAAAAUUUGU